GAACUAGCAGCUACCUUAGCUGCACUGGCCUUCAUUAGCGGAGGAAUUAUACUUUUAAAUGGCGUUGCGUGGUAGUUGAACUGCGAUACGAAUCCAUGUGACUAGAAAUUGCCUCUCAAUGGAUGAGCGGAAGAUAAAAAGGAGGAGCCCCAAGUCCUCCACCAGUCACCCUCCCCCUCUAGUAAAUUCCAAGAGAAACUCUGUGCCACUUAGUAAAAGCACUGGAUUUUCAAAUGUUGUGGCACAGCCAACUGGGCAAAAACCAAAGCUGAAAAGAGUUUUUAAGGAGAAGUCAAAAUCUCAAGGAGAGGGUAAAGCUGUUUCAUCUGCUCCAAUUCAGCACUCAUUUCUUACAGACGUUUCUGAUGUUCAGGAGAUGGAGAAGGGUCUCUUGAGUCUACUCAAUGACUUUCACUCUGGCAAGCUGGAAGCAUUUGGAAAUGAGUGUUCAAUUGAACAAAUGGAACAUGUCAGAGGGAUGCAGGAAAAGCUUGCACGCCUGCACUUGGAGUUGUAUGGUGAGCUAGAGGAACUUCCAGAAGAUAAGCGCAAAAUUACAAGUGAUUCCAAUCUUGAUCGACUACUUUGUGAUUUGGAAGAGCUGAAUUCUUCUAUCAACAGCGCUAAGAAAGUUCUGCCUCCUGGAGGAUGGAGCUUUACCCCACUGGUCUCCUUUGUUCCCCUGUCCACUACAGCGUAAUGGAUUUAAGAAAUCAAUGCCUCUCAUUAUAUUUAAUGUAUUUGUGGCUGAAGUGCCCACUGUUUCUCAUUGUAUUUAAUGUAUUCUUUGGUGCCACUACUUCUGCCCAUUGCAGAAUUUUGCUGGAGCAGCAUUAACUGAUGCGAUUUGAAAAAAAAAACACUUUUUCCCACAACAGCUCUAUUUCCAGUGGUGCUGUCCUUAUCUUGUAGUUUAUUUCAGCUUUCUGCGAGUAGUUUAUAUAAACAAAGCUGCUGUGAAACCAUAAGGGCAGUCAUUUAGCUGUAAAAAAUGUGAAAAGGCACAGGUUCUGUGAAAUAAAAUGGGAAUCUGUACAUCUUACUUGUUAUCUGCUGUGUAACCUGUGCCUUUUUCCACUUUUUACAGUUUGAAUGGCUGCCUCCUUGCCUACACAGUACU